AUGAGUGCCCCAGCCCGGGGUUCCUGCACCAAGACGAUCAGCCCCCAGAACAUGACCAUGAAGGCCAGCAGCACUUACCUUCUGGAGUCCCAGAAGACUGGGGGAAAUAGAGUCCAUUCUCAGAGGGCACACACAAAACCUUCCCUGAGAGUAAGGUCCCAAGGUCUCCCACAGCAGUUCUUCGGGUUUCUGGAAUUGGGGUCGUCCUGCGGACACCUACCGGAUGGCUUCUGGCGUCCUCAGUUUAGUUCCGCUGCACUGGUCGGAGGAGCCGGGUCCCAGGCUCUCUCCUGUGCAGGCCGUGUUCCCAGGUGGCCGGGUGCUCAGGGGCUCCUCAUGCCGGUGGCCUGUUGGGUCAGCGAUACCGCGAGAGGAUCCCAAUUCCGGUGCCGGCGGGCUGGUAGGCGGGGCCAGCUUCCCGGCCUAAUACGCCUCAAGGGAGGGCGGUUCCAAAAUGGCCGCUGGCCCUCGCCUCAUGUUUGUGGUACCAGGCGAUCUCCAAAAUGGUUAUUGCCUGCGCUGCGUCCCCAGGGUGAGCUCCAAUUGCCUCCGGCAUCUCCAGGAGAUUCUCUUAGACCGACAGGGCUCGCCUCGGUAAUCCAGAAGUUCCGCCUCUCAAAAUUCAUAACUGAAUCACAUCUUUUGCCAUAUAAGAACCCGUGUAGAAGGAACCUGACAAGACGGACAGCCGCAUUCCUGCCCAGGUCCACCUCCCGCGCGGCACACUCUCAUUAGCCAUGACCGGCUCUCCCUUCUGUUCCGGUGUCACCGGUCUCUCACAGAAAGGUGCUGGAGCCAGGAAACUACUCUCUCAGUGAGAAAUAGAGGAAGAAACCACUUGAAUCACAACUGAAAUAUUCAACCCAAUCAAAGCAACCUUCAAGAGCUGACAAGUAGCCACAGCUUUGAGAGUCCAUGCAAGUAAGCCAAUAAAUCAUAUUUAUUAUAUGUUCCAUUAAAAUGACACUGGAAUCUAGUCCUUUGCCUACAUCAUUUCAGAAUUGCCAAAUUUAAAGAUGGUAACAACUAGCAAAAUACCCAGAACAUCUAGCAAGCAAUGGGGUGGUAAACCAUUCCUUUCCUGAAAAAAUAAAAUGUUGUAUUUGUGUAACUGAAUCCUAUGAGGAUGAUAUCAUAAAGAAACUUCUUGGAUGAUGACAGAUAUUUUGAGAUUCCUAAAAUACGUACUAUUUUAGGAAAUAUUUAAUG